ACACUGCGUCAUCCACAGAGGAAGUAAGACCUGAUGCACUCCCACUGCCACUGACUCAGACUUUAAGAACAAUACGAUCACAAAGCACAAGUCCAACUGUCUUAAUUGAGGAUUAUUCUUUGAGGAUUAUUCUUUGCACCUUUACAGAAUAAAUUAAAGAACGCAGUGGAAGAUGUCGUGUCUGAAGUGCCUGAAGUACACCAUGUGUGUGGUGAACUUCAUCUUUUUUAUCUGCGGGGCUUCCGUCUUUGGAUUGGGCAUUUAUUUGAUGACAUUCUCCAGGUUCUCUUCCCUACUCCCCAGUCUUCAGGCUAUGAACAUCGCAAACACUCUUUUCAUCACUGGAAUCAUCAUCACGUGUGUCUCCUUUUUGGGCUUUCUCGGAGCCCUGAAGGAAAAUCGUUGCCUGCUUAUAUCUUUCUUUAUAUUGUUGUUCAUUCUAAUGCUGGCUGAGCUGGCUGCUGCCUGCCUUUUGCUGAUGUACGAGACACAGAUUGACACCUUCAUUGAUGACGAUCUUAAGAAAGGUUUACAAAAUUCCAGAAACAACAGACAACUGCACAAUAACACAAUUGAAGAUGAUUGGGACAAAGUACAAACAACAUUUCAUUGCUGUGGAAUUACUAACCAUACACAAUGGGGGACACCUGUACCGGAGUCAUGCAUCGACAAAGCAACCCAGAAAUAUUGGCCACAUGGUUGUUUCACAAAGCUGAAGGACACGUUUGAGAAAAACCUCUUGAACACAGGGAUUAGCGUCAUUGUUAUCUGCAUUAUUGAGGUCUUGGGUAUGUGUUUCACCAUGACCCUGUUCUGCCACAUAAGUCGAAGUGGUUUAGGAUAUAAAUGAUCAAAAACAUUUCCGUAGAAGAAAUACAUCCAUCCUUCACAGUUUGUGUUCUAAAUAACUAUCUUCCCACAAAUACCCAAAGACAGCCAGUAAAAGACAAGAUGGCUCGCAGUUCUUACACGGAUGCUUGGUUCUAUAGUAUGUGUAUGGUAUUUGUCCUCCACUAAGAAACAGUGAUACACACCCAUAAUUACUGUAACCGAAUUAUCAUCAUCAUAUUUUGCAUGAAUGAUUAACAGUUAUUAAAGCAAUAAAACCACAACUGGUUCUAAAAAAUAACAACAAGCAGUAUUAUUUAGCCUGUCCUUUGGCCAUUACAGCUUAACAGGAAAAUUUCUAGGGCAUUUUAGACAAUGAAUUCACCCAAUUUCAUCUGAAUGUAAAGUUGUAAAGAGAGUGUAAGAGAGAUUUUCCAUGAUGAUUCAUCUUUACACAAAGACGUAAAGCCAUACACUGUAUAUAGGCACUGAUUAUCUUUCAUGUCAUAUAAUUAAUGCUGAGUUUGACCUAAUGUUUCUGUAACUAACACAGACUAUAGUUAAACAAUGCACAGCAUUUAUUUCUGAUCACUUCCCUUUCUGACCAUCUGUGGCAAUGACUAAACCAUGUGAUUAUAUGCACAGGGUGGAAACCAGACAUGCUUACAUAAUUAAACUAUUUGUAAUGCAUAAUGUUGUUAUAAUAUUCUUUCCUCUUUUCUCUGCAAAAAUAAUGUGAAUUAAACUAAAACAGAAUAAAA